AUGGAGUACAAACAUUUCAGCCAUCCACACACUCUAAAACUCCAAGAGAUUCAUACAAAUGAUUCUCCAGUAACCUGCUCAGGCUGCGAAUCAAACAUCUCUGAUUCCACAACCGCAUACAUCUGCUCAACAUGUGACUUCAAUCUUCAUGAGCAAUGUGGAAACGCAGCGCGUGGGAUGCAACAUCCUUCCCACGCGGGUCUCCACCACUUGACUCUAGUCCCUUACACAACUUACAGCGCCGGUACCUUCCUCUGCAGAGCCUGUGGCUGCGUUGGAGGCAAAGGCUUCUCUUACUGUUGUCCUUUGUGUGACUUUGACCUCCAUGUUCAAUGCGCGCAUUUGCCUCAGGUCAUGGUUCAUGACUCUCAUCCUCUCCAUAGCCUUCUUCUUGUCUACAACAGUGCUCCUCCUCCUCCUGCUAUGUCUUUUACUCAGUUUGGUUACGCGAAUCAGCUUGUCUGCAAUCUUUGUAAUGUGGUAAUGGAUGGUAGGGUUUGGUCUUAUAACUGUUACGCUUGUGACUAUCAUGUUCAUGCUUCAUGUGCUGUGAAUAAGCCUGAGCCAGUGGCUGCUUCUGCUGCUGAGAAGUGUGAGGCCAGUGAUGAAAGAAAGACGGAGACUGAGCAGACGCAACAAGAAGCAGCUGCAGUAACAGAGCAAGUGGAAGAUCAAGCUCUAAGGCAACAGCUUGAACUUCAGCAGCUUCAGCUUGAGCUUGAUAUGAGUUCUGCUCUCGCAAACAUGAUUGGUUCCUUCAAUCUAAGCUCUUUCGUUUGA